AUGUGGUCUACUUUGGCGUCUUUUUACCUCGGGAUUGAAACGAGGGCACUAGACGCCCUGCGUCGCAUUCCAUAUAUGGAAGAGUACACUUACCAUCCGAUAAGUGCGCGUAUCACGUUGUUUUUGGCUGUAGUCGGUACUUUGGCAUUCGUGAAUGAGCUGUACAUAACCAUCGAGAUGAGCUUUUUGCAGAAAGAAAGCUACAAAGAACUAAAAAGGGCACCUCUAAAUGUGGAGGAUUUGAAAAACCACCGAAUGAUUAUGGACGAUGAAUUUCACGGCAGGGAGUGGCUCGAUCAGAAAAGUGGAAUUGUCAUUGAAGAAUUUGAGACCCGCGACCGCUUUUUUGCGAAGCCUGUACAUGUGGCCCAUCUCUACGUGAAAUGUAACGUGGUGGCUAGGUGUGACACUUUUAUAGACGGCAAAGAGAUCAGCAAAUCGGUGGGUUCAGCAUUGCUGUCACAGCCUUUUAUGUUCCACAUCGAGUUUUCGCCAGAAGAAUAUGAACUCGAAAAGCGCCCAGAAUUCGGAUGUAGGCUGGAAGUAUUGAGGCGCAAAUUAUAUCAUUACUUUAAAGAAACUCAGCUCUUUGAUCAAUUUGUCGCUCGGAGAGAAAAGGGCGGCUCUCAAGAACAGGUGGAUUUUACCGUUUCGAAAGGCGUCGAAAUAUACAACACUAUGGAAGAGUUAUUACCUCCCGCUGCGGAUGACAUCCAGUUAUGUUUUUUGAAAAUGGAAACGGGGGAUACAAUUAAAUGCAAUUUUGUUGUAUAG